ACAGUUCAGAACAAGAUGUUUUCCUGAUCUUAAACCUGACGUCAUUACUCUGAUUAGGAUUCCUCCCCUUGUUAGGAAGGUGAUGUUUUAUUUCUCUGCACUUUUUAAUUCAGUCUUUUCACCAUUGGGACCUGAUCAGAUCUGUGAGGAUGAACCUUGUGUUGUUCCUGCUGUGUUCAGGACUUGUUGACUUUGUAGCUGCAGCUAAUCGUUUCCGACGGUUCUACCUUAAUGACACAGUGCAACGCCAUUGGAAUGAUUCGUUAGAGAUAUGUGAAAAUAAUAGUUCCUCAUUUGUAACUCUGUACGAUGAGGAGGAUGCCAAGUCGCUUGAAGAAUUUAUAUCGGGAUAUAUUAAUAUCACUCAAUGCAAUGGAAUGAAAACCGUCUGGCUCGGACUCCGAAGGAAUCUAGAGAACGUCACCACUUGGUCGAACGGCGACCCUUAUACAUUCAAUCUAACAAAUGUCACUGUAACACCAGAGGAGCAAAGAUGUGGAGCUGUUGAAAAUAACAAAUAUAAGGAUUUUGGCUGUAACAAGAGUUUACACUUCAUGUGCUACGAGGGAAAUAACUACCACCUGAUUGAUCAUAUGAAAAAGGACUGGUGUCAGGCACAGCAGUACUGCAGAAGACACUUCAAAGACUUAGUCAGCAUCCACAAUGGAACCCAAAAGAAACAAGUGGUCGAGGAAGGACGAGGCAAAACCUUUUGGAUUGGACUCCUGCACGAUGAAUGGGAGUGGCAGGACGGGAGCUGCUCGACGUACAGAUCGUGGAAAAUCCUAGAAUCAUCAGAGAAUUGUACAGCUCAGUAUGUCCCGUAUUCAAAUACGUUGUAUGGAUAUACGUGUUCCAGUGAAGCGGGAACACUUUGCUCCAAAGGCAAUGUGAGAAUCGUGGUCGUCAGACAGAAUUUAACUUGGGAAAGCGCUUUGGAUUACUGUCUCGCCAAUCACUCAGGCCUGCUGUGGAUUGAGGAUGAGGACGAUCAGGACGAUGUCGUUGAAAUCUUAAAAACCCUCAACGUCGAGGGUCCUCUCUGGAUCGGCCUGAGGCAGAAUCCUGUCUUCGGGUUCUGGAUCUGGAGCGACAGGACGGUGACCUACAGCCACUGGGAGAAGGACCGAACGCCAGAGAUGCCCUCGUCUGAAAACUGCGGCGUCAUCAACAUGACGAGCUCCAGGUGGCAGGAUGAAGACUGUUUCAAAUUACACCAAUUUCUUUGUGAGGAGGAGAUUUCUUUCAUUAACUAACAGGAUAUAGUUAUAAAGCUUCUUGAUGAAUGAGACGUUUGUGACCGAUUAGCUCGUGUUGAUGUGUGAAGAUGAUGGAGAUAAAAAACAUCCUCAGAUUCUUUAUUGUUGUCUGCCUUGAAUUUGUUGUUUAAAAAUAAUCAGACAGUAAUCAGGUGAUUUAAUGUAGAGUUAUAGAUUGAUGAAUUUGACAAUUGAUUUUAAGCUGUUUAUAUCAUAUUUUUAUUAUUAUACUAUCAUUACUACUUUUAGUACUAGUAACAC